AUGUUUUCCCGAGUCCAAAGGGACUCCAUCAUACAUCAGCGCCCGUGCAGGGCCAGUGGGGUGCAGGGUAGGAUGGUCGCAGUGCUGCGCGCGUUGCUGGUGCGUAUCAUCGAGUGCCUGCCCACUCGCCCGACGAAGGAGGCCGUUAGCGAUCGUCGCGCGCCAGCUAGCACCUCUCCUGCGGAAGGGGUAGUUGGCUCAGCCGCAGCCCUUGCGGCGGCGGCAUCCGCGACAACGGGGUCGUCGCCGUCACUGCCGCCGCCACCGACGCUGCCACAGAUCCGCGUGAUCUCAAUCUCGGCAUCACGCUUUCACGGAAUUGUAGAAGCACUUACGGCUUCGGACCUGUGGCAGGACCUUGAGGAGGCCCUGUCGGCUGAGGGCUACGGCAGCGGCGAUGCUGACGGCGCCAACGAGGAAGGGCCCCUUGGGGCGGCGGCGAGAGCAGCGGGCGCGUCAGGCGUGACUGCUGCCGUGGAGAAGGGCGGUCGUUCCUGGGGUUUCAGCGAUUUCGGAGCGACCCUAGGAGGAGCGGUGCUCCCGGCCCACGUGGUGGUGGUGGCAUCACGCAAGGCUGCUGGAUGGGCGUUGGAUCCUGCUUCACGUGCCCGCACGGACCCAAAUGACCUGUUGCGAACCAUCAAGCUGCUACAGCACAGCCUGUGCCUCAGCCGCCUGGAGGGCUACAGCCUGGAGAACAUGGCGUCCGUACUGUGGAGCCUGGCCAGCGUGCUUGGAGAGUACGGCAGGUGCUGGGGCCGCCCAGAGGAUCAGUUUUGUUAUCCAGAUCAUUUGGUUUCGGAGGUAGAGGCGGUGGCGGGGGCACUUGCGGCGGAGGUGCGGGACUGGCUGGACAGCUCCGAAACCGUAUCGGCGCUGGAGAGCGGUGGAUUCCAAGAGGGCGAGUUCUCAGUGCUAGCGUCGCUGCUCUCGAAGCCUGUGACGGCGGUUGAGCUGGCUGACGUGGCGUGGGCAUUAUCCGCCAUGAGCCACAAGUCCCCGGCCACUGCUCAGCUGGCCGAAGCGGUCGCUCACGAGGUCUACCGGCAACUUUCCAACCGCUCAAGUCUUCAUUCUCCCUUCGAGCCGGCUGAGCUCCUCAAGGUGGUCCGCGCUUAUGCGGAUAUGGGUCUGUCUCGUCUGGACGGGUCUAACGGUCUAAUUGCAACUAACUGCCGUCGUUCCAUACAUGCAGGCUCUGUGGCUCGCAUGAUGGACGCCGUGGGAGGUCACGUGGCCAAGCGCAUCCGGGGCCGCCACGUGGGGGCUGUCACUCGGCCCAAAGACUGUGCAGAGCUGCUUAGGGCGUUUGCCGACUCUGAUCACAAAUCGGUGGUGGUUCCGGAGCUCCUCCAGGCAGUCGGGAUGCAGAUUUGCCAGGAGAUCUCCUCCCACAAUCUCUCCGCACCGCGAGUUGAUGAUGUCAUGAUGUUAAUUGGCGACAUUGCCACUACUGCCACUUCUACCAGCACCAGCAGCACCAGCAGCACCAGCAGCACCAGCAGGGAGGGCCAUUCAUAUCGCCUCCAAUUGCGGAGGAGUCCGGAACAGUCGGGACGGUUGGAACAGGAGCAGCAGUGUCGCACGAAGUGGCACUGGUCGUCCUUCCUGGAGCCGCGCCACGUCAUUUCCAUAUUGUCGUCGUACAUUCGGAUGGGGUUUUAUCCGGGAGUCAACCUGGUGGAUUCCAUCCUGCUUGCCGUAUCGCCGCAGCUGCCGUACAUGCGUCAUGGGGAGGUUUCGGAGUUGCUUGAAUUGUUGGCCGCAAUUCAACAUUUACCAGGGCCGCAGACACUUGCUCGCCUAGUGUCGGCUGCUGGGCUUAGCCGGCACACGUCAGCAGCAGGAGGCGUGCAUGAGCCUCUCGGGGCGCCGGAUACUACCGGAACACCAUCACCAUCAUCACCGUCAUCGCAAUGGCAGUCAUCAUUAUCAUCACCAAGAGUGGAUGCAGAGGACAGGAAUGAAGAAGCCAAGCAGCAGCAUCGGCACCCAUCGUUGCACAGCAGCCUCAGCCUCUGCGGUCUGGCGGCAGGGGACCCGAGCAAUGGCGUUUCAUCGUCAACAGCAGUCUCUGGCGGCAGCAGCAGCAGCAGCUACAGCCGCCAAACCCCUGAUGUUGGCGCAACGGCAUGUGGCCCACUGCAACAGCUUGCAUCGCUUUGGGCGCUGGUGGUGAUGGGCUGGCGGCCGGAGGCAGCCGAUGUGGAGCAGGUGCUGUGGCCGGUUCUAUUGGAUGACUCUCUGGAUUUAACGAUUCAGGACGCCGGUCGUGUGAUGAUCCUACUGCGCGCGUUACCGACGGAUGAGCUCACAAUCCAGCACUUUGGGCUGGCAACAGUUAAGCUGCGUGACGCGCUUGCGUCAACAUCGUCGGCCGUAUUGCCAUCAGGGCUGGUGAUGGAGGGCACGAUGGGCAGCAGCAACAGCAGCAGUGGGACAGGGAGACGCGGUUGGACGUCGCCAUCGAGGCGCAAGAUGUCAAACCACUAUCCCAAGGGGGUAUGCCCACGUGUGGGUUUGCUCGUCAAGCUGAUUCCUUCCUUCCUUACAUGUGUGCAGUGGGGUAGCGCGGCUGACGCAUGGCAGCUGGAGUACACUUUGCUGGCUACAGGGCUUGUCAUGGCCGUGCUGGGCACCGAGGGCCGGGAGAUGGCGGAGCAGGUUCUGUCUGCAGCGCAGUUCCGGCGUGUGGAAGAGUUGCUGCGCUAUGUGGCGGAAAUUUCAAGGAAGGCGUCACGGAUAAUGGCUGCUGUGAUGCUGCAGUCCUGCCGAGCCUCAGUCCUGUACACUCGCUACGUCGCAGCUUCAUGUCAGGGGGACCAGCAAAUGGACCUGGAGGGACAGACGACGACAAUUCACCACAAUGCUGCAGGGGCGGCAUCGAUGGCGGCUGCUGCUGUUGAAGAAGCUGGGCUGCAGCAGCUGUGGCUGGUGGUAUGUAGUAUUGCCAAUCAGAGUGGCCAGACAGCAGCGAUUGUGGGUAGCAUGGAGGCUUUGCCCGUGCUGGGAGAUGGCGAUGGCAGUUGCGGCGAUGGUAGCAAUAAUGGUGACUGCAGACAGCGGGAGCAGGUUCCUGUAUGAAAGUUGAUGGCAGUAGCAACUGUGGCAACGCUGGAGCCCAUUCCUGCUAUUGAUGAUGACGUGGUGCAUGCGUCAAUAACAACCCAAUACAGCGGCCCGCCGUGAAGUUAAGCUCACCAGAAUGCCGCUUCUGGGUGAAGCAGCAGCAGGGGGGCAAGAAGGCCAUGGCUGGCAAGAUGACAUCUUCGAGGACGACUGAAGGGAUUAGUCGUGCAAUAGCACAGCGUGGUCCCCACUACUAUCGCUGCUGCUGCUUGUAAACACGAGGUCC